GCGGCAUUUGCCGACGCCGGCACCGUUUGGUUCGACUUCCCAUGUCCGACAUCCCACCGCAAUCAUCCACGCCGAGCCGUCCUCUUCAGCAUACAAGAUACAGUGGCUUUCCCCCUCUCCUUUCGCAUCUAACAGAUUGGUGCAUUGGGAAUAACGGCAUACACUAGAGGUGAAGCACUGCCAAACAGCUCAGGGCGAAAGGUACCGGAUUGCGGGCAUCACCAAGCACCGAUACUAGGCCUAUGGCGCCGUAUGCUAGGACGACACCGGUCCUGCUGUUUCGCCUGCACUCAGUUGCCUUCCCUGCGACCGUUCUGCCAUUCGACGCACGCGUUCCUCUACCCGUAUUGACCGAGAGGCUCGAAGAUGCGCUCUGCAUCUGGUCCUUUCCGAAGACGAUCGCGGAAGCGCCAGAUAUAGGCAACGUCCGCUCGACGAGCGCAAGCCACGUUCGUCGCCGCGGUCUCGAGCGUGCUGCUGUGUCCGGGCGAUCAGAUUCGCCGCCAGCCUGAAGAGGGCAAGCAGGCGCCCAAAGCUCGCACCGCUUCGAGAUGACGUCGAGGGUUACGACGCGGUCGACGGACUCAAAAGCCGCAAUGACACCCAGAGCUCGCGAUGCGAUGCAAUGACUACGAGAGCAAAUUGCGAGGCCGAUGACAUCGAGGGCGUCUUGUCUAUGGGGUGGGUCGACGAGCCCCGAGGCUUGAGGCUGAUGGUGAGCCGGUGCCAACUCCCACAGGUACACGCGCGCGA